UGUUUUGCAUGAGAGCUCUCUUAUAUAAUGCCAGCUAAACUUGUCAAAAUUAGAAGUGCCGAUGAAUCAGAGGUCCUUUUUCAUUUUCUCUAGAGUACUUCAGAUGCCACAUCAGUGAUGGGGAAUCGCAUGUUUCAGCUUUUGUCUCUCACAGAAGUCUUCCUUUUCGUCUUGUCUGUACCGUAUGAGUACAUCCUAGUCCAACAGGGGAAAAAUUGGAAUGAUGCUCGGACUUACUGCCAAGCCAAAUACAUUGACCUGGCUAUUGCUGGAGACAGUGAUGACAUGGUCAAGCUUCAAAAUGAGGCACAGAAGCAACAAUUGACUUCCAGUGCUUGGACUGGCUAUUACAAUGAUGUUAAUAGCUGGCGCUGGUCCCUGGGAAACCAGCCACUCGGAAAUGUGACAGAUUGGUGUGCCGGUGAGCCGACCUAUGCAAUGGAAGCUUGUGGUGGGAUAAAGCCAAGCUGUUGGUUUGACUAUUUUUGUACAGCAGCAUUUCCCUUUGUGUGCUUUGAUGACAGGAACACUGGGUCCAGCAGAUACAUUGUUAUUUCUACUUCUAAGUCUUUUUCUAAUGCUCAGAGUUACUGCAGGCAAUAUCACACAGACCUGGCCAGUGUUACAACCAUAGAGGAAAAUACACUGAUAAAAGGAAAAGUCUCUGGUAAUGCUUGGAUUGGUCUGUCCAGAGACACCUGGAAGUGGGUAGACCAGAGUACAUUCUCUACCUUUAGUUGGGUGACAGGAAAACCAGGUGGUGCAGGUACAUAUGAUAAUUGUGGUCAUUUUUUUAAUGGCCUGGUUGAUGCUGCACCAUGCUCUCAAAUAAAGCCUUUCUUCUGUCUCAGAGAUUUUACAAAAAAACAAACCAUAAGAAUGAAGAUUAAAUCGAAUCAGGAUGUGAAUGAUUCUGCAAUGAAGGCAACAAUCUUACAGAUGAUCAAGCUAAAACUGGAGGAACAUGGGAUAUCAAAUAACACCACAAUAAAAUGGAUAGAGCAACCAGAUGGCAUAGUCUUUCAAAAGUUAAUCAUAAAUAAUGAUGAUCUCUAACAGUUAAUUUGAGCAUUCUGUUCUUAAGAUAGAAAUUGAACAGACCCUGUACUUUUUUUUUUCAUUGCUACAUAAACAGCAGCUUUAACUUCUAAACAUAGCUAAGUGUUAAAUAUGCAAUUUUUAAUGACCGUAAAUGUUUAAUGUCUGACCAUGGACUGAAUUUGCUGGGACACCCACUCCUGGGAAAAUGAGCAUUGUUUUGUAGGCUCUCCAAUUAUAAACGAUCCUUUUCACUCAGUAUGUUAAAUAAUUUGUUGGUAAUCAGAUGGAAAAGUCUUCAUGUAAAUACCUCAAUACAGAGCUGAGCUCAAUCCCAGUUAGAAAGGGGUGGUGUAGAUCUGAAAUGAUCCAGUAAAUAGGAAACAAAUUGGAUUUGAAAAUACCUUGAAUUUUAAAUUGCUAUGAGAGGGUUUUUCUAAUCCUUACCAGAGUGAUGAACAGCAACAAUUGCUUCUCAGAGACCUUGGCUGAUGUCCUUUCUUCUUGCCCUGAUGUAAACACACAUCUCAAUGCUCCAAAUCGCUUUUAUAGAGGUAGUUACAUUUAUUGAUGAUUAACUAAACUUCUGUAUUUAUUAGUAACACCUAGAUAUUAAGUCUCUUAAUCAUUAUGGAUGUAGAAAGGGUGUAAAUCUUUUUCCACUGGAUUCUAAAUAUUGGUUUACUUUUGGGGAAAAAUUAUUACAUGUUGAAAUCUGUUGUGGUGGUUCUAUUCAUUCACUCAUUCAUUCAUUCAUUCAUUCAUUCAUUUAUAUUUGUCACCUGAGGUUAUUUGUUUUUAUUUGGUGAGGGCUACAGAAUUGUUAUU